GCGGUUCAAGGGAGUAUAAUUGCAUUUGAUUAGUGCAGAGAGCUUGGCAGAGCGGAUCUUCUGAGACUUCACCCUGGCGCUGAUCUUUCAGAGUCAGAGAUCAGGGACACGAGGGAACAUCAGAGGCCCGACUCUGCAAAUCUUCACACAGUUCUACAAUGAGCACGAUCGUGGUUUGCCGUGAGACACACAGGAGCCGGUGGGGCUAUCUCCAGUGAGCUUGGCUCCCGUCCACUGGCAAAGAGUUUGUUGGCAGACCAACGACCUUGGUCACCCGGGAAGAUGAGAAGACGUAUGGCCUGGUACCUGUUGGUCCUGUUGGCGGCCGUGACAACGGGCUACCCCUCUCGACGAUCCGCCGUGGACUUGGACGCAACCCCAAGGACGACAAUUGCCUAUAAGGAGUUGUCCGACGUCCGGCGCUUCAGCAGCCACGCCCUGAACUACACCACCUUGCUGCUGGAGGACGAGAAGGGGAUCCUCUAUGUGGGAGCGCGAGGGGCCAUAUUCGCCUUAAACUCCAGCAACAUUGCCGACGGCUCCCAGAGGGAGAUCCGGUGGGAGGCGUCUCGGGAGAAGCAGACCGACUGCCUCCAGAAGGGCAAGAACAACAAGACCGAGUGCUUCAACCACAUCCGGCUCGUGCAGAGGCUGAACGACACCCACCUGUACGCCUGCGGCACCUACGCCUUCCACCCGCUGUGCGCGGCCAUCGAUGCCGACAGGUUCGCGCUGCCGCCCCACUUGGAGGAGGGCAAGGAGAAGUGCCCGUACGACCCCACCCGCGGCUACACCGGCCUCAUCGUAGACGGCGGGUUGUACACGGCCACGCGGUACGAGUUCCGCAGCCUGCCGGACAUCAGGCGUAACUUGCACCAGCGGCCCCUGAAGACGGAAGAGUCCCCCGUGCACUGGCUAAACGAUGCGGAGUUCGUGGCCUCUGUGCUGGUCCGGGAGAGCGUGCGCAGCCCCGUGGGGGACGACGACAAGCUCUACUACUUCUUCAUGGAGCGGGCGGCCGAGGAGAGCGCCUCCUUUGACAAGAGCCAUGUGGCCAGGGUGGCCAGGGUGGCGCGGGUGUGCAAGAGCGACCUGGGCGGGAAGAAGAUCCUGCAGCGGAAAUGGACGUCGUUCAUGAAGGCCCGGCUGGUCUGCUACAUCCCCUACUACGAAGUGCUCAAGGCCGUGCACAGCGUGGACGGGGGCAGCUGGCCCAGCACCGUCUUCUACGCCACGUUCACCUUGUCGGCUCAGUGGAGGAGCAUGGAGGCAUCCGCCGUCUGCCAGUACAACAUCUCUGAACUGCAGAGGGCUUUCGAGGGCCCCUACAUGCAAUACCAGGACAACACCCGCAAAUGGACCCUCUACGACGGGGAGGUGCCGGCCCCGCGGCCGGGCUCUUGCAUUACCAACCGCUCCCGCGAGGACGGCUACCGCUCUUCCCAGGACCUGCCCAACGGCGUGCUGGAUUUCAUCAAGCUGCACCCGCUGAUGUUCGAGGAGGUGAAGCCGGCACGGGGGGAGCCCCUGCUGGUGAAGAAGAACGUGCUCUACACGGCCCUGGCGGUGGACAGGGCGCCGGCCCUGGAUGGCCAGCAGUACGACGUGCUCUUCAUGGGGACUGGUGACGGCUGGCUGCACAAGGGGGUGGUGAUCGGCUCCGCCGUACACAUCGUGGAGGAGCUGCAGGUCUUUGGGGCCCCCCAGCCCGUGGAAAGCCUGGUGAUCUCCAAAGGCCAGAGAAGCGUGUACGUGGGGGCUGCCAGCGGAGUCCUACAGCUCCCCCUGUCCAGCUGCGCCAGGUACGGCUCCUGCUACGACUGCAUCCUGGCCCGGGACCCCUACUGCGCCUGGGACGGCGAGGGCUGCAGGGAGGUGGCCGGCGCUGCGGACAGGACCCAGCUGACCCAGGACGUGCAGCACGGCAGGGAGGGCUGCUGGAACGGCUCCGCCCAGGCGCCCCCCGUGCAGAAGAACCGGACGGUGCUGCGGGGCGACGACGUGCUGCUGCCGUGCGAGCAGCGCUCCAACCUGGCGCGGGCCGCGUGGCUGGUGAACGGCACGGCCGGGCUGGCGGCCGGGCGGGCCCACUUCCGGGUGGGGGUGGACGGGCUGCUGGUGACGGACACCCUGCCGGAGCACAGCGGCGACUACGGCUGCUACGGGGAGGAGAACGGCCUGCGCUCCCCGCUGGCCGCCUACGCCCUGACGGUGCUGCCGGAGCCGCCCAAGGAGCAGCCGGCGCCCCGAGCCCCGCCGCCCCCCCACACCGACCGCCUGGCCUCCCCCGACGUGAAGUUCGUCUACAUCGCGGUGAUCGCGGUGCUGGGCGGGCUCUGCCUGGCGCUGAGCGCCGUGCUGCUCCACGUCUCCUGCCUGCAGCGCCGCAAGGGCAGGUACGUGCUGGGCGCCCCCUCGGUGGAGCUGCAGACGGUCUCGGCCAACUGCCUGGGCCGGGGCCGGGAGGAGGAGGAGCCGAGCCGGGAGGACGGCUGCCUGCAGAUCAUCCCGGGGGAGGCCCCCACGGCGGCGUCCCCGGCCAGGGAGACGCCCCUGGCGCCCCCGCCGCCGCCCCCGCCGCUCCCGGCCGAGUUCACCAACGGCAUCGCCGCCCUGCCCAACAUGGUGCGCAAGAUGAACGGCAACAGCUACAUGCUGCUGCAGCAGCAGGAGGAGCCCAGCCCCUCGCCCCUCUACAACACCUCCUUCGCCGAGGAGCUGAGCAAGCUGCUGGAGAAGCGCAAACACACGCAGCUGGUGGACAAGCUGGACGAGAGCUCCGUGUAGGGGCCCCCGGACGCCGGUCGGAUUCAAUCCCCCGCCCCCGUCCCCCCCCCACCAACCAGUGUUACACAAACCCACGGGAAACUACCUCCGGAACCGAACCGCUGGGCCGGGCCUCGGCGCGCCGGGAUCCCUCCUGCCGGGGCCCGGAGCCUGUUGUAAAGAGACAUGGGAAAUCUAGUGAUGGAUAAAAGAUGACAAUCCGGAAAGAGGAGCCAGCAAUACGGCUGUGUCAGGGUGGGGCGGGAGGAGACGCCUGCCCGGCCGCUGGCCUCGGACCACGGCAUUGGACCGCUCCGGCGAGGCCUCUCCCCAGCCCUGGGAGCGGCAGCCGGGCCGUGGAGAGGCGGGAGCUGGCCCCUGGGUGCUGAGAAGAGACACGGCCCCCGGGACCCACCAGACCGAGAGACAGAGACGGGGAACCUGGCGUGGGAGAGAGCUGGGAGGCGGCGGGGUGAGGAGCGGGCAGUGGCUCAGCGCGGGACGGCAUCUCAGCUCCAGCGCUGGGCACGCGGCCCCAGCAGGAGCCCGUUAGUCUGUGCAGAACGACGACGCCGUGGCCGUGAAGGGGCUGGCUCCGACACAGGGCCCUGAGCUGCAGCGCCAGGGGACGCCGGCUUUCAACACAGCCUGACCUGGUGGGGAGAGAGCUGUGCCUGGCCCCUCCAUCAGCUGGAGAAGUGGCCCUGAGCUAUGCUAGCGAUGCCAGGCUGCAGCCAGCGGGUGGGGCGGGGGGUGGGCAGACAGUCACAGUGGAGUGAGUGCGUACGGAGGUCACUGCAGCGUGGGUGUGGGUGUGUGCCAGGGUUCACACCCAGCCACAGCUGCACGGGAUCUCCCCAUUACCCGGCUCCCGCCCAGAUGCCCUGAGCUGCAUCCGACCCCGGGCGAUCUCGGUGUGUCCUGCCCCCCAGCUGCCACUCCCCAGCGCUGGCGCCCAACCUGCGAGACCAACCACUGCUAGUGGCAGCUGUCGACACAGGCAGACCCCGGCUCUCUGCUCGCGGCCUGGCUUCUGCCUUGGCCUGCCCCGCGGGCACAUACCCUGCUGUAUUGGAACAAGUUGAGUUCGCGAUGGGGGAGCCGCCUGGUCUGGGGUACAGCUUAAAGCCCUCCCUGUCCCCAGCCUGUGCUGGACCAACCUGGAGCCCCGAGCUUGGCCCGCUCUGGCCUGGGGAUGCCCGGCUCUUCGCCAUGGGGCUGCCCUGUGCCCCGUGGCACUGUAGCCUGCCUGCCCUGUGGCUGAAGAGAACGUGUUGUCACGGAUGCACCCACCACAGCCCCUCGGUUUUCACCCCUUCCCUAUGGCAGUGCCCUCCCUUGGCCAGGCCCCACCAGCCGUUGGGGACCAAGACCCCAGGAUCCAGGCUCAGCAACAGAGGACAGUGCAGGGCGAUGUGGCGCUCAAGCAAACAGCCUCCUUCGUCCUCACAGCCGGGGGGGGCCCCAUCCUGUGUCCUGUCCCAGUGCAGGGCUCAGGUUACACUGGUGUAACUGGGAGCUGGCGUUGGUCCCGGAUUCCAGCUCCUCUUGGGUUCCGUUGUCUGUCUCCUGGGGCUUUCCUGCCCUGGCGCCACCUUCCUGCCCAUCCGGCCCCAACGCCCCCUGCCUAGGUAAGGCCAGAACGAAGCUGGGCAGGGGAGGGCAUUGUGACAGGCCCUGCUGUGUGUGUGUGUGUGUGUCUGCAUGCGUGUGUGUGCGCGUGCACUCAGCUCCGUGGGCUAGACUGGCAGACACACGCCGUGCGACCGGGCCCGCUCACUAGCACGCCUGAGUGCAGCUCCGGGGGGUUCCCCUUCAGCUCCGGCAGCAGGGGCUGUGUUUUGGGAGCACGAGCUGCGGAGUUCUGGCCCCCGCCGUGCACACAGCCUGGGUUUAUUCCAACCACUGACCCCGGGAGCGUGCGGGUGUGCGACACGCGCCAGAGACCGGUCCUCUGCUCAGCUUGUUCUUACGGUGCCUGGGCCUGCGCUCGGCUGUCCCGAGAGAGGCCAGCGCCCAGCUGAGCUCCACAGCCUCCUCCGUCCGUCCCCGCUCGGCUGCGGCGUCACCCCUGCAGAGCUGCCGCCCGGUGCAAAAUGACUGUGGUUCAGUAACAAGAGCACUCGGCACCCGGGCCUCCAGCGCGGCUUGGGAACGGCCGGCGACGACCGUCACUUCCAACGCAGGGACAGUCGGCUCCGGAAUGGCCACAGGCAGAUGUCCCCGAGCGUCCUGGCGAGAGAGAGAGAGACUGCGUCGCUAAGGCAACGCACACACACCUGGCUCCAGUGGUACCUGGCCAGCCCUCUAGGCAGUGCGAGUUACUGCGUCUUCUCCUAAACAUCACCGCCACUGAGAGAGAGACCAGGCCUGUCCCGCCGUCCGCCCUGCCCAGCCAGCGUGGUCUGCCAGUGCGGCUGGAAGGGACCCAAGCCCUGGGGCUAGCGCUGAGUCCCUCGGGACAACGUUCCCACAGCCUGGCAGAGCCCCGGCCUGCUCUCCUCCUCGGGAGGCUUUGUAGGCUCUCACGCCAUGGGAGUUUGGCACCAGCUCUCCCUGGCUAAUUGACUUUGGCCUUCGCUCCGUUACCAGGCUGCCCUGGUAUUCAGGGCGGGGGGGAGGAAGAACCACCCAUGAAGCCGCCUCGAAGCCCUGCUGUGGCUGGGAGCAGGCGGCUCCCGAACAAGCAUUUCCCCCACCCCACCCCCACCCAUCACCUUGUAACGAGAGCAGUGGGGGCCUAUGCAGGCAGAUCUGCUGGGCAAACACCCCUGCGGCUCCACCGCUCCCAGCUGUGGGCGAGCUCUCAGGGUGGGUGGAUCUUCCUCUCCCCACCACUCAGCCUGAGACGCUCUGGCAGAGCAAACAAGCUGGCUCUUAGGCUGUGGGCCAGCCCCUAGAGGGGGAUGGGAGCUGUGGAUGCCCCGUGCAUCCUCCCGUAAUCCUCCUUUGCAGCAUCAAGCAGCGUCCGCCCCCUUGCCCCCAGCCUCUCCCUCUGCAUGGAACGGGCGCCCCAGAGCACACGGCCCGCAGCCCUGGGGUCGGAGAGCUGGCGUUCAGGCCAUGGUAUCUCACAUGCUGCCUUUGUGGCAUGGAGGUUAGUGACAGAGGUGGUUCCUCUGCCUCGCCAGGGCAGGACAGGCCCCCUCCAGCACUUGUGCCAGGCCUGUGAGGGGCUGCCAGGCUGCCCACUCCAGUGGUCUCUGUGCACCCGCCUGCUCUAGCUUUAAAUGGCCCAGGCGAUGGGGCUCCCACAGCCGCAUCACCCUCCUGGGCUGAGCCCUCCCGCCUGCCUCGCCAUACAGUCGCAGGGGAAAGUUGCGCUCUCCAAGGGGUCCCUCGCUGGCACCCCCAGACCCUGCCCAGCUGAUGUGGAUUGCUGUGAGCUGCAGCUGGCCCUGGUGCUGACUGGCCCCAGGGGAUGUGCUGCCCCAGAUGAGUGGAGGGGAAGGGCUGGGUGGCGCCUCGCCUGGGGCAAUAAUGUCGCAGAGUCUGCGUGGCUCAGGCUGUCCCCUGCUGGCCUGCCAUGCUGCCGAGCCAUUCUAGACCUGGCUAUGCCUGGCCCAGUGCAUGGGAAUUGGGGGGUGGGGAGGCGGCGGCGUGUACAGAACAUCCCUUGUGUGGAAAAUAUUUCAGUGGGAGGGUGCCUGGGCCAGUGAUAGCAGCAGCAGAUUGUGCUCUCUGUUCCCAGCUCUGGGAGGGGACUGGAAGUCAGGACGCCUAGGGCCUAUUCCCAGCUCUGCCACUGACUC